AACAUUCAUCAAAGCAAGUCUUGGGGAGAGCUUUAUUUUCAUUUGACAAUUUCAAGUCUUCUUCUUCUCUAGUGGUCUUACUAGACUUGAACUAAGGGGUACCCAAAAAAAAAAACAUUAUGGCUCAGUCUUUGAGCUUCCUUCUGGCUCUUUCUCUUCUUGCCCUUGUCCCACUUUGUUUCUGUGAUAAAACUCUUGGUGGGUAUCUCUACCCACAGUUUUAUGACCACUCUUGCCCUAGAGCAACAGAGAUUGUAAAGUCUGUUGUUGCCAAGGCUGUUGCAAGAGAAGCUCGCAUGGCUGCCUCUUUGCUUAGGCUGCAUUUCCAUGACUGCUUUGUACAGGGUUGUGAUGCAUCAAUUCUGUUGGACAGCAGCAAGAACAUAAUCACCGAGAAGAGGUCUGUCCCAAACCAGAAUUCAGCUCGAGGGUUCGAAGUAAUCGAUGAAAUCAAGUCUGCAUUAGAGAAAGAGUGCCCCAACAGAGUGUCCUGUGCUGACAUUUUGGCUCUUGCUGCUAGAGACUCUACUGUGCUAUCUGGGGGGCCAAACUGGGAGGUUCCACUAGGCAGAAGAGAUUCAAAAGGAGCAAGUUUAAGUGGCUCCAACAACAACAUCCCUGCUCCAAACAACACCUUCCAAACUGUUCUCACCAAGUUCAAGAGGCAAAAGCUCAACAUUGUUGAUCUUGUGGCACUAUCUGGAAGCCACACCAUUGGAAAUGCCAGAUGCACCUCAUUCAGGCAGAGGCUUUACAACCAGUCAGGCAAUGGCUUAGCUGACUUCACCCUUGACCAAUCAUAUGCUGCACAGUUGAGAACCAGGUGCCCAAGAUCUGGUGGAGACCAAACCCUGUUUUUCUUGGACUUUGUCAGCCCAACAAAGUUUGACAACAGCUACUUCAAGAACUUGUUGGCUUCCAAGGGCCUCCUGAACUCAGAUGAAAUUCUUAUCACGAAGAGUCAAGUGACAAAGCAAUUGGUUCAACAGUAUGCUGAGAACAGUGAGCUUUUCUUUGAGCAGUUUGCCAAGUCCAUGGUGAAGAUGGGAAAUAUUUCCCCACUUACAGGGUCAAGGGGAGAGAUCAGAAAGAGAUGCAGGAAGAUCAACUCAAUCAAUCAGAAUGCAUGAUUUCAGGGCCAUAAAAGUUCAUAUCAUAUGUAGUGUGUGUUUUUCUGCUUUUCCAAGUUAUUUUUUUUUCUCUCUUUCCCAAAAUAAAUUCUGAUUGUAAAGCUUGAUGUGGCCAUUAUAUUGUAGACAUCCAAUGAUGCAAGAUUAGUGCUUGUUGUGUUUUCAUGGAACUUGUACUAUUUUUCAUCUUCAAUAAUCUUUAAAUGCUUCGAUUUUAGUUAA